CCCGAACCUGUCAGUGGCGAGGCGAGCAGUGUAAACAAGCGGCGGGUGUGGGCCGUCUCUCCUUCCUCUCUCCCUCACGCAUUUACCAACGAAUUCUUCCCCUUUAGGGAGCCUCAGAGUACACAUAGAGGACCUGAGCUACUCCAGCACCAUGGCAUCGGUGCCCUAGUGUCCCCUACGCGAGGACGCCGUGUGGUAAUGGAGGAGAGGAUGUGUGGUCACAUUUAACUAAAGACUGGGCAGCAUGGACCCACCAGCAACUGUUGGGCCUGGACCUCCAGCCCUCAAAAUCAAGAAGGAGGUGAAGGAGGAGCCAGAGUUCAUCUAUGUGGAUGAGACGGUGUGCCGGGUGAAGCUGGAGGAGGGUGAUGAGGAGGUGAUCUUGCCAAAGGAUGACAUGAUGCUGGAGCCAGAAAGUGCUCUCCUUGUCCUGGAGGGCCAGACUGUGCCACCACCACCACAGAGACAGCCUGCCCGCCGUGGCAGAAAACCCAGAAUUCUUCGGAGCAGCCGAGGCAACAUGCACUCUUGCACCAUCACUGCCAGGAAGAUUCUGCCUCGCCCCUCUCCCAUGCAGGUGCCCCUCACCAUUUCCCAUCUCCAGCCCCCUCCACCACCUCUUUCUCUUCCUCUUCCACCCAGGAGCAAACCACCUCAAGCACAAGUGAUGGUUAGGCCAACACUGCAGCCCCCAACUGCCACCAAUUCUGGCCGUAAGAUCCUCCCAUGGCCACAUCAGCUGAGUCCAGCUAGUCUGGCCCCAGUCUCACAACAGCAGAAACUGCAGCCGCUCAAUCCCAGCCUCACAACCUGUCCUCCUGCUGCACAGACUCUGCCUCUGAGCCACCUCCAGCCCAUUAAUCCUGGGACAAACAGUGGGCUUAUGCCCCUGCAGCCUCUUUCUUUAACCCAGCUCAGGUCUCCUCCUCCAUCUAGCUGCAUUAGUCAGUUGGGUGUACCCUUGUCACCUCAGAAGAUGCCAGUACCUCCAAAAGGUUCAAGAAAGACAGUUACCACACUGCCCCAACUGGCAGCUGGACCUCCUACACCCUGUACCAGGGUUCCACUACUGCCACUGUCAGAAGCAGGUGUCAAAAAGAGCAGCCCAUCUCCAUCCAUGCAGGCAACCACUGCCAGCCAUGUCCGAAAACUGCUGCCACGGCCUCUUAAAGCUGCUGUGAGGCCACCUGCCAGUACAGUGUUUCAGCAGCACCAGCACCAGGGUGCUCUGCCUGCUUUGCAACAACUCCAUCCUGUUCCUCCUGUCAGCACACAACAAACAGUCUCCUUACAGCAGUUUGAGAGCCUUAACCCAUCAACCUCUCAGACCACCAGCCUUGCCCUCCAGUCCUUAAAUGUGAGUGGCCAACCACCACCUCUCUCUGGGUCCUCCCAGGUGGUGUCUGUGCAACAUGUCCGGGCCAUGGCUGUGCUUCCUCCCCAGCCAUCCCAGAAAGUGAAGCUUUCUGAACCAUCUUUACAGUCUCCUCACCACCUCCACACUGUAGCUUCCAGCACAUCCCCCCAGAGGCUAGCUUUUCAGCAAGUCCAGCAGGGUCCCUCCAUCAGUGUAUCCCAAGGUGUAGCCAUCCAUUCUCUACCAGCUCGAACACCACCCACCCCACAGCAGCAGGCCACUACUCUCUGUCAGGUUCACACACUGCAGUCAUCUGCUGGUCAUACCCAGGGCUCUCGAGGGUCAUCUCAUCAGGCCCUGUCAACUCUGGCUCCAGAUUCCCAUAAAGCAGUUCCUGUCCCCCAUUACUCUAGCCAUGCUCCAGGAGACACACAGGCAGUUCCCCAAGUGUCUCCAGCGGGCAAAAGGUCUCCUUUACCCCAGAUGUGUUCAACUUCAUUUUGCACUAGUCAAUCAACUGUUCCAACUCAGGCUGAGCUUCAGAAUAGUGAGCUUACUUUCCAUGAGCUAAGCUCAGCCAAUCAAAUUCUCAAGGAAGGUAGCACACCCUGCCCUGACACAAACCAUUCUGCCAAAGGUCAUGAUGUAAUGAGUCUCCAUAUAGCAUCCAGACAAGGCAUGCCUGUUGGAGCCACACCCAAUGGAGCAGUGCUUAAGGUGCCAAUACAGCCUUUGAGGCCAUCUGCUUCCUUCCCCAGGGGUAAAAGAAAAUACCUGCGCAGGAAUCCACGGGAACUGAAAGCCAAUAAAAAGAAGAGCAUGCCUGUAUUAAAAAUGGCUUCUGUUUCCACCUACUCUUGGCCAUUUAAUGUGCAUGAAAAAGAUCUAUAUACCCCCACUUCCACUGCUGCCAUGCAGGGCCGUAAGAUCCUGCCCCGUCCGUGCCCUGCCUCCUUGGUUGGUUCACAGCUGGAGCAAGUGCAUCCAGUCACUACUCACAGUGCAUCAGGAUGGCUUAUGCCACAAGUGGAGCAACAUGAGGGAUGUGGCACUGUGGUUACUUCCCUUGACAGUUCCUCAGUGGAAACAUUAACCCACACUACUACAUCAUCAUCUGAAACUCAGUUGGUUGCCCUUGGCUUGUCACACAAGGCCCAGCCUCUUGGCUCUUCAGGUGUUCUAGCAGCCACUGAUCAAGGAGACAUAAGUAAAAGCAAUAUAACAGAAAACUUCUUGCAGCCUGUCUCGCCUGCCAAAGUUGUUGCUGCUUGCAGUUUUGUUCCACAUGAUAAGGAAAUCACUGCCACCCCUGAAAAGAGCAGUAGUGGUACAUCACAAGAAGUGGAAUCAAGACACAGUGGAACAAAGACUGACAGCUCAGACCAAUCUAAUCUUGAGUGUACAGACUGUGGCUCCAUUUCAAAAGCAGAUGCUGAUUACCCAGCUGGACAGCUUCCUGAUUUGGAUAACAAAGCUGCAUGGAAUCAAGUAGAGGAGCAUAUGGUUACUCUUAGGGAUGAUAUGCAUACCUCAGGAGAAGAUACAGUAGAUCACACCACCCCACAGGUUACCCCUGAGCACAUUAAUCAUCAACUCAUGUCACAGGAUACUUCAGAGGAUGGCUAUCAAGAUCAGGCUACUCUACAGGAUGCCACAGAGAACAAGAAUGAGAGUCAAGCUACUUCACAGGAUACCAUAGGAAGUAGCAUCCAGGCUCAAGCCACCUCACAGGAUAACCUAAAGGAUGAUUUUCAAGAUCAGCAUACUUUGCAGACUCCCUCAGGGGACAGCACACAGAAUCAGUCUGCUUCACAGAAUACAUCAGGAUACAGCAUCCAUGAUCAGUCCAUCUCACAAGGUAUCCAAGAGGACAGUAGUCACAGUCAGCCUAUCCUUUAUGAUAACCAAGAGGAGGACACUUGUCCACCCACUUCACAGAAUGAUCCAGUUGACCCUGUUUUAGAUCAUCCUAGUUCACAGGACACCCAAGGGGACAACACUGUAGAUCAGUCCAUCUCAUGGCAAUCUUCUACACCCUCUGAAUUGGUGCCACCCUUGAUUGUUCCAGCCAGUCAGGGAGAAGAAAAUCUCAGAGAAGAGAAUGAUGGUUUGUUGUCUCAGGGCUCAGUUUUUGAGGACAACACCUUGCCUACCUGUAAUUCUACUCCCCAGUCCUCCAUCUCUGUGCAGGAUGAAGAUAUUUGCUCUCCAUUCUUAUCUCUUUCCUCUUCCUGCCCUUCUCAAUCCAGAUUGCCAGCAACAAGGUUUUCUACCCUUCCAGAAGCCACUGCAGUACUCACAACACAAGGGCAAAACAUUCAAGAUCACCUUAGUCUCCCAGUAUCCUGCCUCUGUCAAAACAACAGAUGGGUACCUCCAACAUCUCUGCCAAAUACCUUUGAGGGAUCCCCGAGCACCAACAGCUCAUCCACCACAACCUCAGCCUGUACCUCCAUUUCCUCUACCAUAUGUCAAAGACUCUCUGCCUCACCUAAGUCUUCCCUCAAAUCACUUGUACCUCAUGGAACUCAUAAAGAAGCAAAGGAGGAGGCACUGCAUACUACAGAGCAUGUGUCCUCUCCCAUUGACUCUGGAACACCUCUACCCAGCUGUACUUCACUUACUGACAUCAUGAUGACAAGGCCAGAUGGAUUCAUUUCCCCUGAAGGCUUGAUGCCUCAGGACAGUGCUGAUUGCUCUCCCUCUAAAACACAAGACCCCAGUGCUACUGACACCUCUACAUUUAACCCAGCUGGACAGCUCAGGGAAGACUUUAGAGUCAUCACUGCCACAACCACCACUGUCACCAUUACUACUACAGCCACAGCUGUCUCUACUACCACUACUACCUCCCAGCAUGCCACCACCCACAUAUACAUGGAGGCUGAAGCAAAGCAGGAGUCUUCAAAUCCUCCAUCUCAGGAAGAAGUGGAUCCAUCACCCUCUCUAGUGUCAGCAAGCUGUCACUUCUCACAGCCAAAAUGUCCACCAGACUGCAUGUUGGUAGAGCAAGAAACAUGUCGCAUUGAGUGUCAGGCUCCACCUGAGAGUCAGAGGAAGACAUGCAGAAGGCACCAGCAGCAGCAUAGAACCAUGAGGGCACUGGUAAGGGCACAGAGGAGGACCAUUCAGAUGUUAAGGAACAAGCUUCAGUGUGAGCAGAGACGAAGCAAGGCACUGUGGGAAGCACUGAGACGCAGCAUGGCAUCUAAGGUCAGCGGUGAAGGUGAGCUGUUUCCUAAGGGAAGUGGGGAAGUAAAGAAGGAGAAAGUAACACAGCCACAUCCAUCUCCCCCUGUCACCAGGAGCAGGACCAGACCAAAGCAAAUUGUUGCUGCCACACUUUCCUCUGCUAGGCUGAAGAGGAAACAUGAGGACAAACCUACUAACACCUUGAAAAAAGUAGUCACAUUAGAUCGUAAUGAUGACUAUAGACUAGGAGAGGAUGGCCCUCAUGUCCAGGCCAUCUGCAUCCCCACACCCACUGCUGGCAAGACAGAACUUCAGACCUUGGUGCGGGAGUUCAUGAUGCGGGAUGAUGUUUCACGAACCACCAGACACGGCACAAGGCACUUCCUUCACUACCUUCCGCUGCUGCACAAGCGGUUCAUGGCAUAUUGCUGUCAGCCAUGCUCUUUGGAGACCUUCCAGCAGCACCUUCCACCCCAAAUGGCACAACGGAUUGGUGAGGAGCUGGAGAUCUGUGUGUGCCUCACCUGUCAGAACCCAGAGUUAAAAGUUGAGAGUCUGGUGCGACGACGGCUGCUGCCCCUCAACACUCACUUGGAGGAGGUGGCCUUCAGCUCUGAAGACACCUUCAAGGAGUUCCUGGCCAGUGUACAGGCACUCAAAACACGGUCCUCCUCCCAGCUCAUGUACAGUGAGUGGUUCAUAGGAAUGGGUGGAGGCAGCCAUGUCCCACAACCCCAGAAGAGGACCCUGACGCGUCCACUGAGGGAGGUAGUAACCCAAUUAGAAGGAGAGCUAGACUUGCUGCGUCUUCACCUGAAACGAGCUUCACAUCAGUAUGAUGCCACUUUUACAGCCAAGUGUGAGGCAGAACAGUCACCACAGCAUGCUGUGCUGCAGGCAGAGUGGUCACCCCUUAUCAUCCUCCAUGCCUUAGGGGCUGAUGGAACACCAGCCCUGCAGCAGGUUGUCAGUCUGCAGUGUGGUUAUCUUUGGUCUCAUGCAGAUUCCCUUGGUUUCAUUGCUGUGUCGGGUUGCCGUGAUCAGCGUGCAGCAGCAGUAUGUGCAAGCCUGGAGCCACUGUUGGCUCGCCUAAUCCAACAAGGAGUGCGUUGCCUCACCCUGUUAGUGGACCCUAAGACAGACUUAAGUGCUGUUCUGGAGUACACCCGGCGUAGUGACCUGGAGGUGCGCUGGGUGUUCUCUGAGCCAGGUCAUGGUGCAGGUGUGGCUGAGGCAGUGGGAAAUAGUGUGACACAGCUCAUCUGUGACACAGUCAACUCAUGGGGUCCAGAGACUGUACUUUCAGCCAAGGAUGUGUUCAGUCUGAUCAGCCCAAACUCAAGCAAUUUGGUGUACUAUUACUCAGAGGAAGAUGUGUGGCGCAGCAGUCAGCUUUUGCAUGGUCCAACAGGGCCCAUCAAGACUGCCAACAAGCUCAUUAAACCAAAGACCAUCCUGUCAUUGUAGCAUUAAGUUGGGGUGUGGGUAGGUGGGAGGCAUGGGAGGGUGGGCCUUCAGAGAUAAAGUCAUGUGAGCUGUAAGCUCUAAAUAACAGCAGGUUAGCACUGGGCCCUCAUACCACAUAAUUAUAACAGCACAGCCUUGAUGAUGUGUAAGCAUUGUACCUCAGGACUCUGCUAUUUCCAAAACCAGUUACUACUUUUUUCACCAACCAUAUUACCUCAAAAUCAAGGCACUAUUGGUAUAUGAUAUAGCUUUAUUUAGUUAUUUAUUUAUUUGAGAGAGAGAGAGAGAGUGUGUGUGUGUGUGUGUGUGUGUGUGUGUGUGUGUGUGUGUGUGUGUGUGUGUGUGUGUGUGUGUGUGUGUGUGUGUGUGUGUGUGUGUGUGUGUAAAAGAGGUUGGAAUGGCACUGCAGAUAUGAAAGAAAAUAUCAAAUAAAAAAAUAUAUAAUUUGGUCAAGGAAGAAAUUUGUACCUAAGUAUUCUGGACACCAAGUCUUGUGCAGAUGUGCCCUUUAUCAGACCUUGUGUGGUGCCCAUUGCAGGGAGUGGAGAGAGUAAUUACACCCCUCCCUGCCCUGCCCUGCACUGCCCUGUCAACAUUCCACGACUCUUAAAGUUGUUCAGUGUUUUUUUUUAUGCAGAUACUGUGAUACUAAUUUAUCACCUUACUUAGUGUUCAAGUAGUUUAUUAUUACAAGACUGAUAUUAUUUUUGUAUGUUUUAAUCAAUAAUGUAUUGAUACAAUGA